UACGCUUUGUCGUCAUUUCCGUAAGUGCGCCAUGACUGUGGACUGUUGUUGAAGCGGUAGGCCACGUUUUAUGAAAAUAUGUUUCUUGAAUUUUAAAAUACUUGUGGUCUAAAUUCAUUUUAGAAAUAACCAUUUAAUACAACGGGUUACUGAAGUUAAGGUUGCCGUGGCGAUACCAGACAACUGAAGUGACCGUGAAAGAAGGAUUUUGAGACCCGCCAAAACAGUAAGGAAGUGACUGUUUGCUAGUGCUAACACGCGUACAUAGUAAACAAAAUGAGUGGCGGAUUUUCAUUCGGACAAGGAUCUGGGGGGUUUAGUUUUGGCCAGGCAACUACAGCCGCCCCUGUGACAGGAUUUGGGAUGCCCACAUCCACCACGGCACCCUCGGGAGGCGGUUUUACGUUUGGUAAUGCUGCUCAACCCAGCACCAACUCCACCGGCGGUUUUACUUUCGGAACCCCGGCCAAGAGCACCGCUUCUGGAAGUGGCUUCUCGUUUGGGACUCCCACUACAACCUUCGGCCUGGGCUCGGCUCCUCAGACGACCACAGCUACAGGGUUAACGCUAGGCUCUACAGCGGCCCCGGCUGCGGGCGCAGGGUUCACUCUGGGCGUCCCUCUGUCCACGCAGAGCACCGCUGCACCCACUGGAGGAGGGUUUACUUUUGGAGCUGCCACCCAGGCCCAAUCAGCGGCAGCUCCCGCAGCGACAUCCGCAUCAUCAGGCUUCGGCGGCUUCAGCUUUGGCACCAAAGUGCAGGCCACUGCCACUACAGCAGCAGCCCCUACUACUGCAACAGGUGGAUUUAGUUUUGGAUCUGCAGCACCCUCUACACUAACCCUGGGGAGCCAGCCAGCUGCCCCAACAGUAGCUACCACCGCUCAACCUUCAGGCUUCUCUCUGGGCAUCAAGCCCUCCUCUACACCUGCUCCUUCAACCACCCAGCCCGUUCAGUCCACAGCCCCAUCCCUGUUCUCUCUUUCUACAGCUGCCUCUAGCACGGCUCCAGCUUUGGGCACAGGCUUUGCUCUGCCCAUUGCUCCAACUUCAGUAGCAGCCAGCACUGCUCCAGCCACUACAACAACAGCGUUAUCUUUGACGCUGAAACCUCUGGGAGCUGCUACCACCGCCUCUGCUUUGACUACUGCUACCACAGCAGCAGCAACCACAGUUGGGACUACUCCUGGCUUCACCUUGGGGAUCAAACCUACUGCACCUAGUACGAGCACAGCUAUAACUACAACUGCUGCUACCACUACUACCACCACCACUGCUCCUCCAGUGAUGACUUAUGCCCAACUGGAGGGCCUCAUCAACAAGUGGAGUCUGGAGCUGGAGGACCAGGAGAGGCACUUCUUGCAACAGGCCACUCAAGUGAAUGCCUGGGACCGCAUGCUGGUGGAGAAUGGCGAGAAGAUCACGUCACUGCACAAAGAAAUGGAGAAGGUAAAGCUGGACCAGAGGCGGUUAAAUCAGGAGCUGGAUUUCAUCCUGUCCCAGCAGAAGGAGCUAGAGGACCUGCUGUGUCCCCUGGAGGAGUCUGUGAAAGAGCAGAGUGGAACCAUCUACAUGCAGAAUGCUGAUGAGGAGCGUGAGAGAACAUAUAAGCUCGCUGAGAAUGUAGACGCACAGCUCAAGAGGAUGUCCCAGGAUCUGAAGGAGAUCAUAGAGCACUUGAACACAUCCAGCGGCCCAGCUGACACUAGUGACCCGCUUCAACAAAUUUGCAAAAUUUUAAACGCACACAUGGAUUCUCUUCAGUGGAUUGACCAAAAUUCAGUUCUGCUGCAGAGAAGAGUGGAGGAAGUGUCCAAAAUGUGUGACAACCAGCGCAAGGAGCAGGAGAAAACCUUCAGAUUAACAUUUGACUGAAUUUGCAAACCAAACAUUGCUUUAUUGUUAGUCACAAUAAAGGUUGUGAUAUAGUGAUAUAUCCUUUUCAGAAGCUAUUUUCAAGGUAAUCUAUUUUGUACAGAUGCAUACAGAUAAGAUGUUCUAAAGUGAAUGGCAGUUCUAAAAUAAUAACACAGAUUUGGCUUCAAACAGGUUAAAAUAAAUUAAUUGAAGCAAA